GAUUAUUGAUUGGGCGUUAAAAUUUGAUUUUGGUAAAUUGCUUGACCCCCGCGUUGCCGUUUACCAACUUCAACCAUUUUCUUCCGUCUUCUCAACUUCCAACUCACUCAGAUUCCUCUCGCCUGAGCUUCCACUUCCACUUCCAUGGCGAGGAUCAGGAAUCGGUCUUUACCCACCAGACGCUGCUUCUCCCAUCUUUCCUAUUUGCUCAACAGCCCCCGCCGAUUGGUCUUCCUCUUUGGUGCCUUUCUUUGCGCCACUUUCGUCGUUUGGGAUCGUCAUGCUCUGCUCGCCGAUCACCAGGAACAGGUUUCUAAAUUAAACAGAGAUCUAAGUCAAUUGCAAAGUGCGUUGGAAGAUUUAAAUAUUAACCACGGCGGUUCCUUUGGAAAGAGAAGUUUGAGUUUCAAGAAGAAAGUUUCUAUUACUAGUGAUCCCCUCGAUCGUCAGAGAAGUGAGAAAGUCAAGGAGGCUAUGAUUCAUGCUUGGAGUUCAUACGAAGCUUAUGCAUGGGGAAAAGAUGAGCUUGAGCCACAGUCUAUGACUGGUGUCGACAGCUUUGGUGGUCUUGGAGCAACCAUAGUAGAUUCUCUCGACACAUUGUAUAUUAUGGGUCUCCACCAGGAGUUUCAAAAAGCAAAACAGUGGGUUACAAAUUCAUUGGAUUUCGACAAGGAUCUCGAAGUCAGCGUUUUUGAAACAACAAUAAGAGUCGUCGGUGGACUUCUUAGCGCAUAUGAUCUAUCUGAUGACAUAGUUUUUCUUAACAAGGCAAGAGAUAUAGCGGAUAGAUUGCUGCCAGCAUGGGAUUCACCUUCAGGGAUUCCUUAUAAUUUCAUUAAUUUAGCUACUGGGAGGGCUCAUAAUCCUUCUUGGACAGGAGGCAAGAGUGUUCUUGCAGAUUCUGGUACAGAGCAGCUGGAGUUUAUAGCUCUAUCUCAAAGGACAGGAGACUUAAAGUAUCAGCAGAAGGUGGAAAACGUCAUAGCACAGAUAAACAAAAAUUUCCCAGCAGAUGGUUUACUUCCCAUUUUUAUUGAUCCCGAGGUUGGAAAAGCAUUAUCUGGCACAAUCACCUUUGGUGCCAUGGGUGAUAGUUUUUACGAAUACUUACUCAAGGUCUGGCUACAAGGAAACAGAACUUCAGCUGUAAAACACUACAGGGAAAUGUGGGAGACUUCAAUGAAAGGCCUUCUGAGCUUGAUCAGGAAAACAACACCAUCUUCUUUCACAUAUAUUUGUGAGWAGGAUGGAAAUUCCCUGAUUGACAAGAUGGACGAAUUGGCAUGCUUUGCACCAGGAAUGGUGGCUUUAGGAUCAUUUGGGUAUGGUCCUGAAGAUGCCCAAAAAUUUUUAUCCCUUGCAGAAGAGCUUGCUAGGACAUGCUAUAAUUUCUACCAGACAACGCCUACAAAGUUGGCUGGAGAGAACUAUGUCUUUCGCCCUGCGACGGACAUGACUGUUGGCACGUCAUGGAAUAUAUUGAGACCAGAGACAGUUGAAUCGCUCUUUUACCUCUGGCGUCUCACUGGUAACAACACGUACAAAGAGUGGGGUUGGAAUAUAUUUCAAGCAUUUGAAAAGAACUGUCGCAUAGAGUCGGGAUAUGUCGGACUGAAAGAUGUUAACACCGGUGUGAAAGACAACAAGAUGCAAAGCUUCUUUCUUGCAGAGACCCUCAAAUAUCUUUACCUGUUGUUCUCUCCACCCUCCGUUAUACCGUUAGAUCAGUGGGUAUUCAAUACAGAGGCCCACCCUCUAAGAAUGAAGACCCGACUCGACAAGGAAGCUUCCGAAAGACAGUAUCACAAAAACAUGCCUAAAGUUAAGUUGUACGGCAGAAAGGUUGAUCCAAGUGGAACUAAUUUUACAUCAAUUUUAACUAUGUAAGCCAGUCUGCCAAGUUCGAGGCGACGGGGACGUUGAGCAUCUAGUUCUUUGAUAAAGGUAUUAGAGGUUACCUUAUUGGCAAGCAACUAUUAACAUGCUUGUAGAUUGGUGUGUUUGAUAGUAACUUAUAUGCAAUGCUGUAUAGGUUAUUGGCCAAGACAGAACAGUUGUUUGUAGCGUUUGAACAUGUGAUAUAGCUAGCAGGCAUGCAUGGCCCAGUAAAGUUUUGGAAGAAUGGUUUGUGUUUGUGUUUGUGGUUUGUUUAGCUUCAUAUAACCCCUCUUGUGAACAAGUUCUUCAAAUUGGGGUACCUGAAAAA